ACCAUACUUCGCGCUAAGCUUAAAAGGUAAUUGAAGAUUCUAGGUUGGGUGAUGGGUUUGAUAACAUGUAGUCUUAUAUGCGUGUGACUAUAUCUGUCGUGUCUGUAUGAGUUAUUUCGUGAUGGUGACUGGGCGAGUCCAGGAACAUCAAGGGUGCUUUUGCGUUUUGUGAGGGGUGCUUGAUUUCAGCCUUGGAGGUGUUCUCCCCUCAGGUGUGCAGGCUCCAGCCUUCAACACCUUCCAGGCAUCUCACCGUCAAAACUAGCAUCAUAUUUACCACAAUGUCCGGCAUAGAGGUUGCUGGCAUAGUCCUUGGGUCAAUCCCACUGCUGAUCUCGAGCAUUGAGCACUGGAAGGAUCUUGUGUCAUUUCGACCGUUCACAUUAUCGCUGAGAAGAAACGCUAGAGAUGACGAAUAUGGAUUGUUGAUGAGUUGGACCCUCCGGCUCUUUUUCAGAGACGCACUGGAUGUAAUGACAAGAGUUGAGCGAUAUGUCCUUCGAGCGGAAGAUCAGCAUGUUAUAGCCUUCAUGAAGUCAUAUACCGCUAGUUUCAACAUGAUCGGAGUCGCGGGCGCCAUCAUUGCACAAGUCGCCAUCACAGCAAUUUCACUUACGAAUCUGACCGACUCCCACUGGACGGCCCAAGCGUGCUUCAUUAUCAGCCUCGUCACAGGAGCUCUUUCUGUCUAUUUCUCAUGCGCCAUCAACCCUGCAUUUCACGGCUUACAUAGCGCGGAUGAUAUCAAAGAUUUCCUCACCAAGCCCACUCGAUCUGCCAACCAAAAGAGACUGAGGGCCCAAUUACGAGCUCUGGAGAGUCUCAUGGAGAAGUUAAAGGGAAAACUGGAAUCUCCGCCGAGACAACUGAAACAAACUCUAUAUGAAGAAUUUCAAGGGUUUGGGCAAAUCCUUUUCGAAGAGAAAUGGAAAGUGGCUUCGUGCUACUCCGCCAUGAUGCUCGUUGCACCAAUGAACCUUCUCAACAUCUCUCUCAACGCGUUCUUGUUGGGACUCGGGAUAUAUCUUGGAAAGGUAUAUACGGCGCAUUUGAUACCCAGCUUUGGCUCCGGAUCCUUAGGUCUCCUUAUCAUCUUCAUCAUCUCGUCUUUGUUCGCAAUCGCACUUUUCUACGUACCAGAGGGGCUGAAGAGCGUGGAGUCCGAGCCAAUUCAGCGCUUCGCUGCGGUGUUAGAUGAGAUCAACCAAAUACAACCAGAGGAGUCUACGGAAGAAAGACGGUCUUUAGAAGCAGCAGAUGAAAGACCAGUACCGCAAUCGGCAUCUGCAGAAGAACCACAGUCGUCAGCAGACGAACCACAAGAAGUACGAUCGGAAUCUAAUACAGUUCGUCAAUCCACGCACGUCAGAAAUGGCAGUAAAGUCACUUUCGAAGUAAAAUCUACGGACGGCCAAGUUACCCAUCCUCCGCUGGAUCCACCAUCUAGAAAGCUACGAGAAAUAUCGAGAAUACCAGCAACAGAUGAUGCCGGCCCGUCCACACGAGCUACUGAUCCAAUAUUGUGACAGAUAUCUCCAUUAUGGCCUAGUCUUUCAGAAGUCCUUAAAGCAAGCAAGAGACCUAAUAAUAGUGUGUAAUCGGCUCUAGUUGAUCUUAUCCG